CUCAUUUUGACCAAUGGCGUUAAGACUGAAAAGCCUGCUGAACUUUAAUUUUUUGGUUUAUUUUCAAAACUAAUUUUUUUUUUUUCGUAUCCUCCUUUUUUUUUGUUUUAUUUCCCUUUUCUUUCUUGUACAUAUUCCCAAUUUUUAUAUAUAUAUACAAUGAAUAUCAUUGCUCCUUGUCCCCAAAAACCCUCCUAUUUAUUGCAGCAGGACUGGAAUAAUUCUUCAUUUGUUCAAGAUGAAGUAGAUGAUGCUUGUUAUGAACUUCGUCAAAUUCUUCUUCAAUCUCAAAAUAAUACAAAACCUAUUUGUGUUUGUCUAGAUGAUCCUAUUAUUACUCGAACCAAUAAUCCUUUGCCUCUCGAUUCAAGCUUUGUUCCUUAUCAAGCUAUUCAAGCUGCUAUUGAACCCAAUCGUCGUCCUCGUUCUCUCAGUGUUGGUAAUACUCGUCCUAUGGCAAGUCUAGUCCAUUAGGUUUUUUUUUUCUUUUUGUUUGGAGGGAUUUUUUUUUUUUUAUUUGUAUAUAUAUUUUUAUAUAUUCCUCUUUUUUUUUUUUUAUUAUCUUUUUGUCACACAAAUAGUAUACUCUUUUUUUUUUCUACCUAACCCAUGUCUAUACAUACGUAUUAUUAUUAUUCUUAUUAUUAUUAUAUUUUCCUUCUUUUUGUCCAUAGUUGUAUAGUCAUCUUAUCAUUUGUUUUAUAAUAAUAAAAAUCAUUUUACACC